GGUUUUUCUUUUCGAGUUACAGCCAACUUUAUGAGAAUAGGGGCGCAGAUUUACAUGCUAUAGUCUUACCACCGUCAGUUAUAAGCUAAAAGGGCCAUGCUCGGCAGUUAGUUGUCUUACCCCCACGCAUAGUCAGUCUUGGGACUUGGUCAAAUGGCGAACUUUACCUCUUCUAAUCUCUUACUAAUAAUAACCUACCUAUAUCUCUAUUACCCAGCGCGAUUUAUCAAAUCAAACCAUGUAUCCUCAUACCCUUAUAAGAUCCCCUCGAAUACUUCUUCAGGGCGCGGCGCGUAAUGGAUGCCAAUCCCCAGUCGUACAUUCUUUCGGAGGAAGAAUCGCGGAUUAUAUUUGAGCGAGAUAUCCUCCCCUCCGAGUUAAGCGGUCUCUCUUUGGCGGAGGCGCCUAUCUCUAACAACGGUAACGGAGCCGCGAGAACCCCGCUUGCGGUUCUGCUUAUCGGCCAGACGGGCGCCGGGAAGACGCGCACAGCGCCCGCGAUCAAGAAUGCCUUGAUCCGUCUACGUGGUGGCGAGCGUCUCGCGCAUUUCGUCGCCGACACGUAUAAGACGUUCCAUCCAGCAUAUCGCACGAUCCUCGCCACGCGCCCUGCUCUAGCCUCGCCGGCAACGAGCCCCGAUGCGCGGCGCUGGCUCGCCACGGCUGCAUCGUAUGUCGCGUCGCAGCGCGCCGACGUGCUUAUCGAGUCCGUGGCCCGGCACCCGGGCGAUUUCGCGGACUUGGCGCGUCUCUUUCGCGCAGAAGGCUAUCGUAUCGAGGUAGCUAUCCUGGCAGUCCCUGCAGCGCUGAGCCGUCUUGGCAUCCUGACGAGGUUCUACGAGAAGCUGCCGGAGGCCGGGCCGCAAGGUGGACUGCCCCUCCGCCUGACCCCACGUAAAGUCCACGACGAGUCUUACGCGGGGUUAUUAGAGGCAGCGGCGUUUGUGGACUCAUCGGACGCCGUGGACCAGGUUGUGGUUGUACGGCGAGAUAACCUAGUGGCGUAUGCUAAUGAACGAAUUAAAAACAUUAGUGAUGGUGAUGGCUGUAGGUGGGGGCCGAGAACUGCUGAGGCUGUGCGGAUAGAGAGGGAACGGCCGUUGACGUCUGGGGAGAAGAUAGGCGCUGAGCUUAGUUUACAGAGGCUUCGGAAGAUAAAUGUACCCGGCCUUGAAAGCCAGCUGAUAGAAAUCGAAAGUAUGCUAGAACCCCUUUUAGGUGCUCUCGACGACUCAGUGUAUCUACCCUUAAAACCGCUCUUUCUUCCUAAUUCGGUGCACGAUGAUCAAUUCGAUAUUGAGGCGGGCCUUAUGCUUGGGACGACGCUACCUGGUUGUAUUCGGCCCCUUCCUUCGAAAGCGUCGACGAGUAUGAAUGAAAUAAAUCUAUGAGACUAUCGUUUAGCAACACUAUACAUAGCUGAAAUCUUAGUAUGUACAAAAGUUAGCAGCUAUGUGCCAUAUAGUACUCGGGAUCCCACAU